AUGGACUCCCAACAACAGCCCUUGGGUGUGGGCUCACUUUCUUCACUCGCUUCUUCGAUCAUUGCGUCUUCCACUUCUACCCCAUACACCCUCGCCUCCUAUACGCCAUACUCCCAUUUCGCAACUCCCACCUCUACCCCCACGCCCCAUUUUGACACCCCUAACGACAAAGGGGACAUGCAUCAGUGGUCCUCAUUGAUCGGUAUAAUAGCAGCAUUGAUCGGAAAUGUUAUGAUUUCUUUGGCGCUCAACAUCCAGCGAUAUGCGCACAUCCGAAUCUCCCGCGAAUACGAACUCGAUAAGCUGCAAAAAGAAGAUAACUGGCGGGAAGCGCGUACUGGGGACGGUGCUUCGGAUUCAUAUGGAAGCGUUGAAGAUGAUGGCUCUCGGAACCGCUCCCGGGGUAGACUGCCGCCGCAGAACCGCCGCAGCAACAACGAACGCCGCGAGUUUGAAGCGUAUCGCGAUGACGAAAACGAGACCGCCUCUGGUCGUCGAAAUGGUAACUUGUCACCGGGAAAUAAUAUGCGCGACUCAUUUGCGUCCGAUCGCACCGCACGCCCCGAUGAUAUGGAGGGCCGCAAGUCUUAUCUCCGAUCUCCAUACUGGUGGGCCGGCAUCAUCCUCAUGGUUCUUGGCGAGACGGGCAACUUCAUGGCAUACGGCUUUGCACCAGCAUCGAUUGUGUCGCCCCUGGGUGUUGUUGCUCUGAUCUCAAAUUGCGUCAUCGCGCCAUGCUUGCUGAAGGAACAGUUCCGAGGCCGAGAUUUCUGGGGCGUACUGAUCUCUAUUGCCGGCGCCGUGGUUGUCGUUCUCAGCGCCAAGUCUUCUGAGGAGAAACUUGGCCCUGAGGAGAUCUGGGCUAGGAUUACCACCUGGGAGUUUGAGACCUAUCUGGGGUUGACUACUGGUCUGAUUUGCGUUCUUAUGUGGGGCAGCUACCAAUAUGGCCCCCGCUCUAUUUUGAUUGACGUUGGACUUGUGGCCCUUUUUGGUGGAUACACGGCUUUGUCUACCAAAGGUGUCUCCUCGCUACUGUCAUUUACCCUAUGGCAUGUCAUCACGUAUCCUAUCACAUACCUACUUGUAUUCAUCUUGAUUUCCAGCGCAUUGAUGCAGAUUCGCUACAUCAACCGUGCCCUACAACGCUUUGACUCUACGCAAGUGAUUCCAACCCAGUUUGUGCUGUUUACACUCUCCGUGAUCAUCGGCAGUGCGGUGCUCUACCGGGAUUUCAAUUCCAUGUCCGCUGUUCGUGGUGGAAAGUUCGUGGGGGGUUGCCUUAUGACUUUCCUUGGAGUUUACUUCAUCACGAGCGGUAGGGUACGCUCUGAUGGUGACUCCACUUUCUCGUCCGAAGACGAGGAAGAAGCAAUUGGCUUGCUGAAUGGUGAAAGAUACCAUGAUGGAAUUGACUUAUCUCCCCCUGCCCAGCCAUUUAGGGCAGCCAAGGCAUUGCAGCCGGCGGGUAUUGAGUACAACGACUUGCAGUCACCUGGGGGAUCCCUCACUAGUCACGGUAUUGACGGAGUCGAUGACAACGAACCCACACCGCGAGGUAUUCUUUCGCCAGCGCCAUCUUCGCCGACCGGCUCUCUGACUGCUGAUUCAGCCCUCUCAGGGCCAUCAUUUGAGAAUCCUUCACCAUUGCGCCCUCCGUCUCGGAUGUCCAAUCCAUGGGCGGAAUUCCAAGAUCAGCCUAUCGGGUCUCCUAAAUCUGACCCGGAAGUCCAUCGCCCAGUAACACCCCCGGCACAUGGCAAAAGUACGGGUACAGAAUCAACUGUUCUCCUUCAGUUCCCUCCCGCCCCUGGCAUGGAUGACGGUUCGCCUAGUGCCAACAACGCAGGUCUUAGAAGAGCCUCGACACCUGCUGUGGGUGGUUCGCCCCAGCUUGGUGACAGAGCCCACACGACUCUUGAAACCCCUACAAGGCGUGCAUUGCGCAAUUCCAUCUCAAAUCGAUUCUCUCCUGGUACCCUUCUUCCCACUUUGUCGGGCGGUUUCAGUGCCGUGGUUGCGGAAUCUCUCCGACGUGGCGAAGGAAGCCCUUACAAGGAUCGUUCUGGUAGGCGAAAGGCCGGACGUCGGAGACAGGUAGAUGGCAUCUUUGCAGACGGCUCGUAUCGAGACCACGAUGGGGAUGUAGGACCCCUCGGAGAGACCGACGGGUUAGACACCCCUCUUACCCUGGCUACAGCACGGCUUCAGUCUGCUACAAAUCUCGAGCCAUCUGCAGAUGCUGGUCGUUCUACCCCCGCCCUUGCUACAGAAAUUUACAACUCUCCAACUCUGAAAGGCAACGAUGAGGUUACCCGCCUUCGCAGCUUCAGCGACUCGUGGAACGGCGGGCUCGCCUGGCUAGGUGGUGCAUUGCGAAGAACUUCGCAUUCCGAGAAUGUCCAAAGCGAAGCGGUGACGCAAGGCACUGCAACGCCUCUGGAUGGCGAGACAUCAUCUGCCCAGAGCGGUGGUCCUGAUAGCACCAAUGCCGAUCCCUAG